UCCCUCACACAGCUUCCGAGGCUCUUGGAGAGCGGACGUACGAGCAGCGCUGACGCUACGGGACUGACACCCGACGGAGGGAGGGAUGCUACGGUGAUUUCCCUCCGUUCUUCCUGACAUCCACGCGCACCACCUCCACACUCGGAACCCUCCGGACGCGCUCCCACCGUCUCACCGGUUUGCUGAUUUGCUCGUGCGCUCCAGCGGAUAACAACUGCAGAAGGAACAUUUUGGGUCCGUGGAGAAGCGCCUUGGCUCUGCCUUAUUUUUUCUAAGUGGACACAAACAGAAAAGAACUGUGGUUUCAUCAGUGGAUGUGUUGGACAUCUGAUUGAAGGAGCGACACGGGAACAGAGCGCGCGUUUCCGCUGGCUUGUAUGCGUGGGGAGAUUUCCGUGGAGAGACGGGCUGCGCGCGGAGUGUCUCACCUCCAGCCGGAGCGGCUCGGCCUUUUCAGCCUGUCUGGGGAAAGGAGAGACAAGACCAAAGAGCAAAAGGGGAACGAGAGCAGAGCGGCUGCAGCCUGCGGAGGCGACGAGGUGCCGAGGGCGCGACUCCCAUCAGGACGCGAGGAGCAGGAGGAGCCGGAACCGGAACCAGACCCGGCCAGAAACUACCUAUCUGUGUCACCGCCCAGAGAAACCCUCAUCCAACCUGCAUCCAUUGAGGAGCCAAAGGCUCUGUGAUUGAGAGACUAAUUGUGAGAAGAAAAGAAGUGUAGAAGAAAAGGAGAUAACGACAAAGCCGAUGAUGAAUUUCUGCAGCAACGGCACCCAUCUCUGCUAAUGACCUAAACGUUCAUCAACAACAUUUCAUUACCAAGUAUAAAAUACCACCUCAGUGGGAGCAACGCUCCACUGAGAGGAACCAGAAAGCGCUGAGAAGCUGUGCAAGAUGGCGACGCUGAUGAAGCGGCAGGGCGUGAGGAUGUGGAGGGCCUUCCUGGUGCUGGUGGGGCUGUCUGUGCUGUGCAACGUGGCAAUAGGGGCCCGAAAAGGACACGCCUCCAUGGACCAGCGGGGCCUCAGACGCAGACACCCAGGUCACAUGUCGCUGCAUAAACACAGACAAGGUGCCGGGAAGCAGGGGCAGGUUCUUCACAGGUCCAAACGGGGAUGGGUCUGGAACCAGUUCUUUGUCAUUGAGGAAUACACUGGUCCUGACCCAGUACUGGUGGGAAGGCUUCACUCAGACGUUGACUCAGGCGACGGCAACAUAAAGUACAUCCUGUCGGGCGAAGGCGCGGGAACCAUUUUCGUUAUUGACGACAAGACGGGAAACAUCCACGCCACAAAAACCCUGGACCGCGAGGAGCAGGCCCAGUACACGCUGACGGCCCAGGCUGUGGCCAGAGACACCCAUAAGCCUCUGGAGCCUCCGUCAGAAUUCAUCGUGAAGGUCCAAGACAUCAACGACAACCCUCCCGAGUUCCUCCACGGGCCGUACUACGCCAGGGUGCCUGAGAUGUCCAACGUCGGUACUUCCGUGAUGCAGGUGACAGCUACAGAUGCUGAUGACCCCACCUACGGCAACAGCGCCAGGCUCGUGUACAGCAUCCUGCAAGGACAACCCUAUUUCUCUGUGGAGCCUCAGACAGGUAUAAUCCGCACCGCUCUGCCGAACAUGGACCGCGAGGCUCGCCAGGAGUACGACGUGGUCAUUCAGGCCAAAGACAUGGGCGGUCACAUGGGCGGGCUGUCCGGAACCACCGAGGUCAAAAUCACCCUCACGGACGUCAACGACAACCCUCCAAAGUUCCCGCAGAGUGUGUACUCCAUGUCCGUGUUGGAGGAUAAAGUGCCGGGAGAGGAGGUGGGUCGUCUUAAGGCCAAAGACCCCGACCUGGGAGACAACGGGCUGGUGAAUUACCGCAUCAUCGAUGGCGACGGCGUGGCCAUGUUUGAACUGACCACCGACUCCGAGACCAGAGAGGCUGUUAUCAAGCUGAAGAAGCCAGUGGACUUUGAAACUAAAAGGACGUACACUUUAAAGGUGGAGGGAUCCAACCCUCACAUUGACCCUCAGUUUCUCGCUUGGGGGCCGUAUAAAGAUGAAGCCACAAUAAAGAUAGUGGUGGAGGAUGCAGAUGAGCCUCCUGUGUUCGUAGCUCCCAGUUACACGUUUGAGGUGGAAGAGAACGCGCCUGAAGGCACCCUGGUGGGACGCGUCCACGCCAAGGACACGGACGUUGCCAACAAUCCUGUCAGGUACAUGAUACCGCGGUACACAGACGUAGAGCAGUUCUUCGCCAUCAACUCCGAGGACGGGAUGAUCACCACAACCAGACCCCUGGACAGAGAGACGCAGGCCUGGCACAACAUCUCUGUGUCAGCGACCGAGAUAGGAGGCCACCACCAGGACACCAAGGUGCGCGUGAACAUCAGAGUUAAGGACGUCAACGACAACGCUCCAGAAUUCGCCACUAACAACGAGGUCCUCAUGUGUGAGACGGUGGUGCCGGGGAAGGUGAUCGAGAGCGUGAGCGCCGUGGACAAGGACGAGAUGGCGCACAGGCAGCACUUCACCUUCAGCCUCGCUCCCGAAGUCGCCCACAACCACAACUUUUCCCUCAAAGACAACAGAGACAGUACAGCCAGCAUCUACGUGCUCCGUAAGGGAUUCAGCCGCCUGACCCAGGACGUCUAUUACCUCCCCGUUGAGAUAAACGACAACGGCUUUCCUGCCAUGAGCAGCACCAACACCUUGACCAUCAGAGUGUGUUCCUGUGACAGCAAAGACACCAUCCUCUCCUGCAACGUGGAGCCCUACGUCCUGCCUGCAGGCCUCAGCACCGGAGCGCUAAUAGCUAUACUUGCCUGCAUAGUUAUUCUGCUGGCUAUAGUGGUGUUGUUUGUUGCCCUGAGGCGCCAGAAGAAGGAGCCAUUGAUAGUGUUUGAGGAGGAGGACAUCCGCGAGAAUAUCAUCACUUAUGACGAUGAGGGAGGUGGCGAGGAGGACACUGAGGCUUUUGACAUUGCAACACUGCAGAACCCAGAUGGAGCCAACGGUUUCCUGCCAAGAAAGGACAUGAAGCCAGAGCUCCAGUACCCCAUCAGGCCCGGACUCGGUCGUCCCGCAGCCAACAGUGUCGACGUUGACGACUUCAUCAAGACUCGAAUCGCGGAGGCCGACAGCGACCCGACCGCACCUCCCUACGACUCCAUUCAGAUCUACGGCUACGAAGGAAGAGGAUCGUUGGCUGGGUCACUGAGUUCCCUUGAGUCUGUCACAACAGAGUCCGACUUGGAUUAUGACUAUCUGCAGAGUUGGGGGCCGAGGUUUAAGAAGCUGGCGGAUUUGUACGGGACCAAAGACUGCUCCAUUAACGAUGGGGACGACGGUGAAGACUCUUAACAGAGGUCUUCUGCUCUGAGUUACUGAUUCCAUGAGGAUUUGUUAACACGUUAUCAUUCCCUAUUGUUAACAACAACCAACUGAUCAGUUCAUGCCAAUUUGUCGAUGAGUGCUAACAGUUCUCGCUCCCAUGACGCCUCCCUGGUCCUCCAAGACGGUUUGUUAACGAACACAUACUGAACGCUUGGACUCGAAUCGCUCCCAGUUUUUCCCCAAUCUCUUCUGUUCCUUUUCCAUAUUCUCGCUUCCCCUCCUUCUGUUUCUACAGACUUCAGCAUUGCAGAACUGGGAGAUUGGUUCAUGUCACCAUUUGUCUGGUAGUAAACUGUUGGGAAAAAUGAUGCUGUAUGAUCAAAAUUACUUGGUUCUAGCAAACUGUUUAUUAGAGGUUCUAUAAAUUUUGUGGACUGGAUUCACAUUCUUCCUCAAAGGUUCCUGAGAGCGGCUUUAAUCCCUUUACAGGUUCCAGUACUUUUUAGUUUCUCUCUUUAUAGUGUAUGUAAAUUACACAGAAAAGGAGAGGAAAAGUAAGACACAGGCAAAGUAAUGGAUGUAGUUUGGGAACCAGCAUCUGUCUGAAUGGAAACGUGUCACAAGGUCAAAGAGCUGAAACAAAAGACUCAAAGUGAUUGUCGAGUGUGCAGAAUCAAGCAGGUGUUGUGGUUUGGACGGCGUGACAAACUCUGGGUUGUUGAUACUGUUAAGAUGCUCACGGCAUCUCCACAGUAUGGUGGCCUUAUAAUAAAUAAACAACAACCCCAGGGGUAAACACAACAAGAGUAAUGCUAGGCAUCGGUAGGUUCAGUAGCUAACACAGAUAAACGAACACACAAGGACUGAGUAUCUGUGAAAACGCUACACAAACACAGUUUUUCUACUGUCAAACACAGACAGACUCAAUAUAGAUUGAAUUUUCAAACUGUGGAAGAUUCUUUGUUUUCAUUCUUUACUGCAGAUGCGGUGUGAUACCCCAUCCGCCCUGUGUCCCCAACUCUCUCAUCAACAAUCACCUCCCACACCGAGUCCACCAAUGAAUGACCAUUUCCUCAUUUGGAGUCCGCCAACGGUGGUUAAUCACUACAAGUAAAAACCUGUGAGCUCUAAAAUCGCCUUAAACUUAAUGCAACGCAGUGCAUUCUCUUUUUUUCCUUUUGUUCUUUUGUAACUUGAGAAGUAUAUUCAGAAAGCAAACUACUCUCCAUGAUAGGUAUGUACAGAGCAACGUGCUGAUGGGACGUAUCACUCUGAGGAUCCAACUCGCGCCUCAUGCACUCUGAAAAUAGGAUGUGCCCUUUCGGUCGCCACUGUAGAUGUAGCCCAGGAAAACGCGCAUUGUGUUUCCCCCAACACCAUCUAUGUUGGCAGCAAUAUCUGUUGUAUCAACAGACGUUGCUACUGAAACAUAAAAUGCUUACUGGAAAGAAGUUGUGUUUUUUCUGAGCCACAUGUACACAGGCUGAAACGAGGACACCCCAUUCAAGUGUGCAGGUUCAAUCUCUUUUCUAAUGUUAUUAUGAUUAUUAUUGUUGUUUUUAUUAUUAUUAUUAUCAUUAUUAUGGCAAUAUUUGUUCUUUCUUUGGCUACAGUAUAGCUGCACAUAUUGCAGCUCUGCUUUGUUGUUCUUAUAUUUGUCCAAACCUGGACACGUUGUUUUGGACAACUAUAAGAAACUCACUGCCAAAAGUUAAAUAUCAGCUUUGGGUUUAAGCCUGUGUGAACCUCUCAUUUCUUUUGUUUUGUUAUCACUUUUCAUUAACUGGCGUUCCUUUGUUCUUUCUCCCUGUUUAAGAGGAAAACUAGCAAUCUGUGUAUGUUGCAGUGAGAGAACGCCUCGUUUUUAUUCUGUCAAGUUUUAUGGUACCGAUUUGUACAAUUUUAAAAGUUCUUAUUUUAGUAUACAUGCAAAAUAUUCCAGUAUUACAACAAAAACAUGUUAAGAAGAUAAGACUAAAAAUGUUACAGCAUCACACUUAUAUUUUCUGAACAUUGUAUUGUUGCUUUACUAUGUGCUUCAAUCUCCGAAGCGAAACAAAAAAAACUUUGAAAUAAAUGCUCUUUUUAUAAAAUGAGUAAA